GUUACCAGGUCCAUGAACGGUGUGGAUGUGCUAUGCGUCUGACCCAUGGUCUUCCAUGUGCUUGCCAGAUACAUGAUUCGAUAGUUGCACAGACAGGAUUGUAUAGCAGCCAAAUUCAUUCUUUCUGGAAGAUACUGGUUAUUGGUGAUGGUGUUAACAUUCCUGAAGUGGUAAAUGAUUCGACCGAGGAGGCUGCACAUUUUCGGUCCCUAAUCGACGAAGUCAUGGAAAGUGACCCGGCCGUACGUCGAAAUGUAACGCGAAUCAUUGAAGAGGAGCUACAUCCAGAUCAUUCACACCUUGAAGAACCACAUAUCAACCUUAACACUCGUGGUCGACCGAAAAGAAAUAACACCAGGCGUGAUCGUAGCUAUUUCGAGCAUGUGAACCGUCAACACACUCAAUGUGGUGGUGACCCAGAACCAGAUCCAAGUGACAUUAGUCAAUGCAGGUAUUUGAACUUGCUUCCAGCCCCAAUGUUGCCGUACAUUUCGUCUUGGAAGGAUGUCAUUGGUGAUGGGAACUGUGGCUUUCGUUGUGUUGCCGACUUCUUCUUUGGCGAUCAAAAUAAGUGGUUUGAACCCAUGCAUCACAGUCUUACCGCUUAGGGCACGCAACGGGGUUCGGUCACCGACUCGAGAGUUUGUGAUUGCUACAGUUGGUGGAU